AUGUCCAACUCUGCUCAGUCUAACUAUCAACCUAUCGACAGCUACUCCUCCAUCGACGGGCCUCGAGAUGGUGUAUUUGGAAAUAAUGCCGAACUGAACGAUGCCAACCCAAGCCACCAGGAAAAAGCGACCAAAUUGAACGAGCAAUGUGAAUUUUAUCUCAAGAGAUGGCUGGAUUUCAAAAACCCAAAUGAUGUCGCCGAAGCUGUGCGAGCGGGCCGGGCUGCUGCGCGAGCUUUGACACCGCAUAACACCAUCAGCGGGCGAGUGUUGGGCAAUCUUGCGGCUUCACUCUCGGAAAUGUUCCGGCACUCGCACAACGUCGAAGACAUUGACGAUGCUAUUGAAAACGGAAAGCUUGCGUUGAAAUGCCUCAACAGUGGAGAGCCUGCUUGGAACUCGGUAUAUUCCAACCUUCUCGAAAUGGUGUAUCAAAAGGGAGCUCGUGGUCGCACCGCGCAAAGCCUCGACGAAGCAAUCGACUUUAUGGAGCAAGAGGGUGAUCCUGGCGAUACGAUGCCUUCUUCUCGUGAAUCUAAAAGACUCACGUGCCUCUCAACCCUCUUGUCACACCGAUUCGAGUGCACAGGAUCCAUGGGGCAUCUUGAACGGGCCAUCAAAGUCGGCUACGAAUCGACCCAGAGACUCGAAAAGGAAGCCGAGGGCAAGGAAGAAUAUCACUGUACUUUUUUGGCGCUAAUUGCACACUUUCGGGUCACCCGUCACCUCAACAGCCUAGAAGAAGCGCUGAGAAUCUCGAAUCUGCUCAAGAUCGCGCUAAAUAGUGGUCCAUACAGCGAUGGCCAGCGUGCCGGCCACCUAUGUAACCAUGGCUCGUUACUCGAAAUGAAGAGCCAGAGGUAUUACGAAACGAAUACACCCUUAUCGAUGGAAGCUCUUGACGAGGCGCUGAAGGCCGGUCGCGAAGCACUUUCUAUCAUGCGUCCUUUCGAAGAAAACCGUCCCCACGUGGAACACAGUUCUCUGUUCCUCUCUAUGAUCUCUUCGUGGAUGGGGACAAAGGCCAAGAUGUCGCAGGAUGCCGAACAGGCGGAUGAGGGCAUCGAAAUUUUGAACCGUGCCCUCGAGUUGAACACGGGCCAUUCAAUCGACGACCCGACCUUACUUUCUAAUCUAUCACACUUGUGGGAGAUCAAGUACAGCAUACUUCGAGAAACCAUGCCAGAGCUUAGAAGUCUCCAGCUCCUAGAUACGGCCAUCGACCUUGGAGAGAGAGCCGUCAAUGAAACCAAAGACGACGAUAGAAACAUAGGAGAAAGGCGCAAGAAUCUCGCCUUGAUGCUCAUCUCCAAAUAUCUUGUUCUCAAAGACCCCGAAGUACUUCGGCGUGCUAAUGAAAUGUUGAACAAGGCGGCGAAGACGGUCACCGCGACGCUAUCCAUCCGAAUUCCGUCAGCGCUUCAGGCGGGUCUCAAUCACUACGAUGAAAAAGAGCUCGACGAGGCCAACAAGCUUUUCCAGGAUGCCAUUGGGCUUUUGACCAACAGCAAUCUCCAGGCAGCGUCCGCAGAAGACCUCCAACAGACAUUACGUGACAUACCCGGUCUCGGAAGCUAUGCAGCAUCUACCUCUCUAGCUCUUGGGCGUCCCUUCGAAGCGUUGAAGUCUCUGGAGUCUGCGAACUGCGUCAUAGCUGGCCUGACGAUGAGUUCUAGAGCGGACACAUCGGAACUGGAGAGGCAGCACCCAGACGUAGCAAGUGCCUACGUCAACAUAAGGACCAAACUCGUUCAAGCGACACGCCAGCUGAAGACUGGAGGCAAUUACAAUACUGCCAGCACGCUCCAGAAAUCUCUGCUUGGAGAAAUGGGACGCAAGGAAGACGAAAUCAGGCGUCUAAGAGGGUUUGAGCAGUUCCAGCUACCCCUAGAUGCCGAACAAGUGAUGAAUCUUGCAGCAGAGGGUCCGGUCGUCACAAUCAACGUGUCAAAGCUCCGCAGCGACGCAUUCAUUGUUACAAAAGACUGCAUCAAAUCCCUACCGCUCGAAAAGUUAACGCAUCAGGCUUUGCAAGAACGCGUGUCGAUAUUCAGCAGGCUGGGGAACGCAGCUCGAAGGAAUGCGGUGCCGAUACCCGAGCCUUCAGACUUGGAGAAAACCUCAACUGACGCUGCUCUCGAAUGGUUGUGGGACGUUGCAGUGCGUCCAAUACUGGAUGUCACAGAGCUCACGUCCUCGGGACGUCUGUGGUGGAUUACGAGUGGGUUAGCUGGAAGGGCGCCGUUCCAUGCGGCGGGACCCCAUGCCAGUGGCCCAGAUGAAAGUGCGAAAAGCCGGAUGAGGUCAUCGUAUAUCUCUUCUUUCAAGGCUCUCAAGUUCGCCCGCGAAAGGCGCUCUGCUUCGUUCAAAAGGCAGGGCAUGUUACUUGUCACCAUGUCAACCAACCCGCCUCCGCAUCACAACCUCAAUACCGCAUACGAGGAAGAAGCAAUCAAAUCGGUUUUUCCCGAUGGCAAGAUGCAUCACCUGGCUCACCCAGACCCGAACACUGUGCUCGAAAAGAUAACGGAUUGCUCCUUCGUACACUUUGCAUGCCAUGGCGCGUCGAUCGGUAACGAUCCGAACAAAAGCGGGCUCCUGCUCGUAAAGGACGGAAAACGCGCCGACUUGACGAUAGCCGACCUUGACGCCGUCGAGCUCAAGGAAGGCUCCGUGGUGUACCUGUCUGCCUGUUCGACGGCGGAACAGACCGAUGGCAGUCUCGCUGGGGAGGCCAUUCACCUUGCCAACUCUUUUCAGGCGUUGGGCUUCCAGCACGUUGUUGGAACGAUGUGGGGAGCCGAUGACGCUGCAGCUGGGGAGGUCGCAAAGAGGUUUUACGAAAAGCUUGGAAAGCUCGCAGGCCCCGAUGGAGGAGACAGCCGGAUGGAUGUCGCGAAUGCGCUCCAUGAGGCUGUCAAGGAAUAUAGACUGAAUUGUCAGGAACAGGAUAGCGUCUUGAACUGGGGGCCUUUCAUCCAUGUCGGUAUCUAG